CCAACUGCCUACUCUACUUAUCUACUGCAUUAUUUCUGUGAAAGCAAAAGCCGUGCAUGGAACAGAUGCUUGGAAUGGUAUUGGGAUCCAAUUACUACACUUUUCCAACCUUACAUCUAUUGUCUAAACUUGGAACAGGCAUAUUUUUAUUCCUUGGUGACACUAUAUAAAGAGACAAUUGGCAUUGUGUUUGCUGGCUGACUAGUUGGCAGAGAAGGGGUGGAAGGAGCAGCAGCAGUAUGGCUCCAAAAAAGGCAAAGAAGAAGAUAGAAGGUGGUUCCAAUGUAUUCUCUAUGUUUGAACAAACCCAGAUCCAGGAGUUCAAAGAGGCUUUUACCAUCAUGGAUCAGAACAGGGAUGGCUUUAUUGACAAAGCAGACUUGAGAGACACGUUUGCUGCACUAGGUCGUCUGAAUGUCAAGAAUGAGGAGCUUGAAGACAUGGUGAAGGAGGCGCCAGGUCCUAUUAACUUCACUGUCUUCCUUACGAUGUUUGGGGAAAAGCUGAAAGGCACGGACCCAGAAGAAACCAUUCUGAAUGCUUUUAAGAUUUUCGACCCAGAAGGAAAAGGCCACAUAAAGGCAGACUACAUCAAAGAAAUGCUUAUGACACAGGCAGACCGGUUCAGUCAAGAAGAGAUCAACCAGAUGUUUGCUGCUUUCCCUCCAGAUGUCUCUGGUAAUCUUGACUAUAAGAACCUCUGUUACGUUAUCACCCAUGGUGAGGAGAAAGACUAAGAGGAAAGAGAUGAGCUUCUCCUGUGAUGAUGCACCAAGUUAUUUCAUAAUGCUUUUGUGUGCAAGACAAAGGGCUAAACAUUCAGUAUGUGAAGCCAUGUGGUCAUCAGAAGAGAACCAAUAAAACAAUUGAAAUUAGAUUAAA